AUAUAUAUAUAUAUAUAUAUAUAUAUAUAUAUUUGCACUGGGAAUUCUGGGAAAUAAUGCAAAAGUUUCAAGAUGGCGGCGAGCAGGAGGCUGAACAAGGAACUUGACGAGAUUCGCAAAUCUGGAAUGAAAAAUUUCAGAAACAUUCAAGUUGAUGAAUCAAACCUGUUGUCAUGGCAAGGGCUCAUUGUUCCUGAUAACCCUCCCUAUGACAAAGGCGCAUUCAGGAUUGAGAUUAUUUUCCCUACUGAGUACCCUUUCAAGCCUCCCAAGAUCACCUUCAAAACAAAGAUCUAUCACCCCAACAUUGAUGAGAAGGGGCAGGUGUGUUUGCCUGUUAUCAGUGCAGAGAACUGGAAGCCAGCCACCAGGACUGACCAAGCCUAUGUUUUUAGUUUUAAUUUUUGGAGACAAUUUUUAAGUUUUACAACCAGAAAAGCUGCGAUUUUUACCAUCUUGAGCCACACCACUGCUUGGAUAUUGCCUGAUAUUGCUCAGCUUAUCAACUAUCUUCGCUCUCAAAAUCUCCGGCUGAUUAAACUAAAGAUGUUGCUGAAUGGAUUCUGCACCGACUGGCCAGGACAUGAUCUGAGUUAUUCAGUCCCUCAUUGCUCUGGUGAACGACCCACAGCCAGAACAUCCCUUGAGGGCAGACCUAGCAGAAGAAUACUCAAAGGACCGUAAAAAAUUCUUGAAGAAUGCUGAAGAGUUUACAAAGAAACAUGGCGAAAAGCGGCCAAUGGACUGAUCACUUGAGCAUUUAGCCCUCUGUCUCUUUCUCCCUUUACCGCUUACCUGCCCAGGCAAAUAUUCUUGCUAUCUGCCCCCUCCUCGCCACCCAUCUCACUCCCUCCCUUAUCCUCCCUUAUAGUCAGAUUCCUCUCUGUUGCUCCCCACACUGCUUAGUCUUGCAGCCAGGGAGCGGUCCUGCUGAAGCGAGCAGUGGUAGCCUGAGCCUCCCUUCCCACCUGUUAUGUGGAUCAGACCGCUUCCUCUUUCCUCUCCCUCUCACCCUGCCAUAGAUUUCCGUCACUAACUUUCUACUCUGACAUAAUGAAAACAUGGAGAGUCAAAUAGAAAUUCUCAAGAGUAAUGUCGAUUUUCUGUUUGAUUAUCUUCUAUAUAAAGUAUUGUGUUAAAUAGAUCUCACAUAGUUUUUUUUAUGAGAUUCGAAACAGUUUGAUUAAUCAUUCUCUUAGCCAUAUUAGCAGUAACAAAUCGAGGAAAAGAAAGAAAAUCUUUGCCCUUGUUUUUGUUUUUUCCAAACUGCAGUUCCCUUCGUUACCUCCACUGCUUCUAGACUUGCAAUGUAUUAUUUGGAAUUACCCCACGUUUCCACUUACCCAGUUUGACCCUCUGAGUAAUGUUGUUCCACAUCGGAAUUGUUAUAAAACUUCUGUAUAAAAAAACCCUCCUCAAAUACUCUCUGCAGGCUCAUUUUAAAGAAAAAUAUUCACUUGUGUUUUUAUGGGUUUGAUUAGGUGUACCAAAACAUAUUCCCUGGGUGAAAAAGAUUUUGGCAUGACAAAUGCCUUGUAGUAUUCUUUUAGUACUAAGAAUAAUUUCGCUUGACACUUUGAGAUAUCAAAUUUCAAAGUAGGAACAACCUGCUUGUUUAAUUGGUAUGGUUCAUCUUUUCACUGCUUGUCAUUGCAGUGUAACCAUUUUCAAUUAGGUUACCCCAUUUACUACAUUCUGGCAGCAGAUCCACUGCUUAGCUUCCCGUGCUAAAAAGGACCUAAAUGGGGGGUGGGGGCUUGGGUCAAAGGACUGGCAGAUUCUCUCACCUGGCGCGCAAUUCAGCUCAACCAGACCACUAUAAAGCAAACUGGGAGAGGGGAUAGCAGUUCAGGGUUAUGCCAAGAUAGAAAGGGACUGAGUGGCAACAAAACAUGUAACAGCCAGUUGAUACGGUUUCAGUUCUUGUUUCAUAAUAAAGAUGGUUAACAAUUUUGCCUCA